AUGAGUGCACGAAACCUUCCUAUGAUUGCCAUUGUUAGGUCUACUUUCUAUUGGCUGAAUGAGUUGUUUACUCGGAAGAGUGCCGAGGCUCAUGAGCAUGUCCGCAACGGAUUCACGUAUUCAGAAUUUGCAACAAAGAGAGUUGAAGAAAGCUUUCGACGUGCAGGAAACAUUGUGGUCAACCAGUUCGACAGGCAGAACGAGAUGUUUGAGGUUGAGCGAAUCCCAUGUCGCCACGUGCUUGCAUGUUACGCCAACCAGCGUCUUGAUUGGCAAGUAUACGUGCACGGCGUGUACAAGAUGUCUAAAAUUUACAAGGUGUACAGAGGCGAGUUUGUUCCGAUGGGUGACCCAUCUACGUGGGAUAGAUAUGAAGGAGCAAAGAUGAUCGCCAAUUGGACAUUGACGCGCGCGACAAAAGGAAGACCGAAGUCAACCCGCUACUUGAAUGAGAUGGAUUCGCGGGAUAUGCGUGGUCCUUGCCGGUGCAUUAUAUGUGGACGCGAGGGACAUAGCCGCAGCCAAUGUCCUCAGCGCGCAGGUCCAAGCUCCGCUGGAGGUCAUUAG